CCCGAGUUUGAGUUUAAUAGUCUUGAUGAGCCGCGCUGCAGCUGCGCCACAACGACCACGUCUCUGUCGAACGUGACAUGCCGACUCGUACUGGCUCACGCGCCGGUUGAUUCUGAUUCAGACUACAUACCACAACUUGGGCUGCUGUGCAACUUUCCCCUUGAUCAACCUUGCGCUGCGUGUCCCGAGCCGGAAGGUCAGACUACCGGAGACGAUGGCGAAUGAGAUCGACGCCGACAUCACCUUCCGCCGCUUGAACACCGAUGUUCUUCUGCAGGUGUUCGAGCACCUACGACCUGACCGCGGCUUGCGCUCAUUGUCCAUGUCGUGCCGAUGGAUUCGACAAGAAACCGCGCCUGUGCUUUUCCGAAGUUGUUUGGUUAUCGCGGAGCGGCCCAUCUGCGCGGAACGGUUUCUGCCACCAUCCUUAUGGCCCUAUGUAUCCCAUCUGUCUUUGAGGGACGACUGUCCGGACAUGCUCGCGAUGAAAGUACGAAAACGUAGGCUCCGGUUCACCGACGACCCGUUGCUUUGCGGCACAAUGGAUCCCGUGUUCCUCAAUGCUACACUCCGAGCGAUGCCUCGCUUAUGCUCUGUCAAUCUGGCUUUUCACAGUCGAGAGAUACACGGGAUGGGAUGGGAGACUCUCUCGGCCAUCCUCUCAAUUCCGUGUCUCCGUAGUCUCACAGUCGAGCAGUUCCUUUUCAGUCCACGUCGGUCGCCAACAGAUGCGAGCCUCGGUUCUCUGGCACCACUCACUACAUUUCGAUUUGAGCAUCGCGCCAUUCGUAGAGAACUUCGUCAAUAUCCGCUCCAACAGGACGCGCUAGGCUUGGUCAUUGGACGAUUGCAACAUACUCUCGAAAACCUUCUACUCCCUAGUGAAGUUACACCCUUCAAAUCCCUAGCUGGUACUCGGUGGCCUCAACUGAAGGAACUUCAUCUGAUAGGGGAGUUCCAUCCGGACCCAGACUUUCCUGUCCCAUUCGUCACUCUUUUUGCGGGAAUGCCCAAGCUGCGCGUCUUGAAACUUGAGCUUUCUCUUCCCAUAGGUAUCGACAAACAAGUCUUGCAGCUCUGGCCAAAGACCUAUCCCGCACAAUUCCCAUGGCAAGACCUUGACAAUCUCACUAUGUCAUUCCCGUGCUGUGAUGAUCGGAUCUACUCCCACCUUCCACAGACGAUGCGGCACCUCUCAUUACGAUGCACGCCACAUCAUUGCUUCACUCCAUGGCGACGAUACUACGUCCAUUCUCCCCUCCUCUACGCGUCGGAGAUGCUGGAGAUCCUCUCGAAGGUCGACACGCCAAAUCUUGAACAUCUCGAACUCGAAUACCGCGCAGACGCUGCAGAAGACGACCUUCUGCUCUAUAUAUCGCGAAAGUUCCUCAAACUGAGAUCCCUAGAAAUACAUCGCUUCCGAUCAUCCGGUGGUAACGAUAUCACUAUUACUGACAUCGCACUGCGGGUAGCAAGGCUCCAAGACUUGCUUACGCUGCAAGCAUACCUGGAUACAGAUAUCACUGAAGGUCACCCCUUCCCGAUACUGCGGCAGAAUGCUACCAUCUUAGCGCUCAUUCUUGCACGUCCGGGUCUCAAGUUAUGGCUGUUGCAAGUAGGACACCAAUAUGACGCGAAAUGGUACCCUUUUCGUCUCGUAGCUGGGCGCACUAUCGACAUGGAAUCACAGGCCGAAGUCGAUUCUUCGGGUAGCAGUCCCGAGGGAGUGUCGGCGUAUCCUUACGAUGAUUAUUUGUAGAUCCACAAGUUUGCAUCUAUGCCACAUCUUUCCGUUCUCA